AUGAUUGAAGAAGAGAGGGUAAUCAAGACACCAGUGAAAAAGCAGCCACAACCCGUGGUUGCAAAGCCACCACCUCCAUUCCCUCAACGUCUGGUUAUUCCAAAGUAUGCUAAGUACAUCAAAGAUAUUGUUGCAAACAAAAGCCGAUUCACAAAGUAUGCCACCGUUGCACUUACUGAGGAGUGCACUUCGCGGAUUCAAAAUAGGUUGCCCACUAAAUUUAAAGAUCUCGGAAGUUUCAUGAUUGAGAUUUCUAUUGGGAAGCAGGUUGUUGCUCGAGCACUAUGUGAUCUUGGUGCAAGUAUAAAUUUGAUGCCUUCUGUUAUAUCUCGCAUCGUAGCAAGACCAGAAGGCAUUAUUGAAGAUGUACUGGUGCAAGUGGGGUCGUUGAUAAUUCCUGCAGACUUCGUGAUUUUGGACUUCGAACCAGACCCGGAAGUCCCAUUUAUUUUGAGGCGUCCAUUCUUGGCCACAGGGAGAGCACUUAUUGAUGUAGCCGCCGGGCAGCUCACCGUGAGAGUACAUGAUAAAGUUGAGGUCUUUAAUGUAUACCAAGCUCUAAAGAUGCCUGCACUCUAUGAGGAGUUGUCCGCCAUUACUGUUCUGAAUGAUGAUACAAGAAGGCCACUCAUCAAUUCUCAUUAUCCAUUGGAGAGAGCCUUGGUAGGGGAUGAUAUUUUUGGUGACACGGCGGUGUUUGAAAUGGUACAAAUUCUGGAUAUGACGAGUAUUUAUAUUCGGGCCGGUGAGUUUGAGCACUUAGACAGGACAGUGGGAGUAACUCCGAAGUUAUCAAUUGAAGAGCCUACGAAGUUGGAAUUGAAGCCCCUGCCCGCCCAUCUUAAAUAUGCAUUCUUAGGCGAGGGUGAUUGA